AUGUCAAGUAAAGUUUCUCGCUCAUACGUAGUAAAUACGUACAUAAUAUGAAAACGUAGAUUAGUUCCUAUGUUCAGUGUCUUUCAAGACGAUGAAGUUGGUCACUUGCAGCGCAUAAUUGUAUAUACAUAGUCAAUGUAUGCAUUAUAUCUUUUGCAUACAUAACUGCAUAUAGAAAAUUCACAAUAUAGUUUUGGACAUUUAACGUGUAAAUUUGAAACAGUUUUUCAGCAAUGACCGACGAUUCCAAUGGAGAAUCCACGUUCGAAUUUGUUGAAAGAAAGACAGAUGAAUCGUCUACAUCUGGAGAAAUCGUAAAAACGGGUAAGAAUAAAAGGCAAAACAUAAACACCUGCGUAUCUGUCAAAUUCCUUCACACAAGUAAAAAAAUUUAUGUUCAGUCUAAUAACUGCCGCAGUUUUUUGUAAAACUCAAAAAAUUUUACAAAUAAAUUGUAACAAAUUUAUUUUUUAAUGAUAUAGAAAACAAAAACAUUAUAAUACGAAAUGAACUAUGCACCUUAUGGUAUAAAAUGUUUUAUAUAGUUUAAAAAGAAAAUAAAUUUACUUAACAAGAAAAAAAAAAGUUACCUACUUGAAGAUCUUUUUAUUUAUUCGAAUAAAUUAAUAUAUCGGGAUAAUGUAUCACCUACAUGAAUAAAAAUAAUGUAAUUUUCAGAUUCUUUUAGCAGUUUGUCUUCAUCAACAUCUUUAUUAAUGCCAUUAGGCAUAUCAACAUCUACAGGAAAUUUAUUAUCAAAUGUAGCACCACCCACUGCUUUGCCUAGUUUUAUUUCAAAUCCUGGAACACUGUUAUCAGAAAGGCCUAAUAAUUUGGAACCACCUAGCCAGAAAAAACUUCAUGAACAUGAACCUACUAAAUCGAUGUUAAAUACUAUUAUUCAAUCUAAACCAUUACAGCAAGAAACACAUCAAGUAAUUACAACUCCCAUUGUUACUCCGUCCAUACAAAAUGUACAAACCACAGUGCCAUCAGAAGUCCAGGAUUUAGGAAUGGUUGGGGGUGGUCUGUUAUCAUGGGUUAAAGAAACGGUAGUAAAUAGUAAUGUAUUGAGCAAAGUUGCAGAAAAAGCAAAAAACAGUGUUAAUACUAUGAUCACAACAUUAGAUCCUCAGAUGCAUUCUGGUGGUGAUAUGGAGAUUGUAGUUGCAUCAGAUAAAGAUAUUAAAAUAAGUCCUGUGCGUCAGGCUUUUCAAACAGUUUUUGGAAAGGCAACAGUAACUGGUGUAUCAGUAGAAAGUUCAGCUGUAGCUGCUCAACCAGUUGGUUUUGCUGCUGGCGUAAAAGGAGCAGAAGAAAGAAUUAAUUCUGCUCGAAAUAUUCCGACACUUCCAAAAGAUAUACCUAUAAUUGCAGUAGAAAAUUUUUUGUUAGAAGUUGGAGAAGAUAAAUGGUAUGAUUUGGGAGUGAUAGUUCUUAAUGAUCCGAAACGUAAUGUAAAUUUGCAAACAUUUACUCAAAUGACUCCGGUGCCAAGUCAAAUAGUAACAAUGGCACAAGAAGCCACACCUGAAGAUUAUCCUCUUAAAUGGUCUGGUUUAUCAAUUACUGUUGGUAGUUUAAUGGCAAGCAACUUGCAGGUUCCUCACAAUGAAUGGCAUCACGCACUUACUGGAGUUUCCAGAAGGGAUAUUAUACUGUUAGCAGUUCAAUCGCUAGCUGGUAUCUACAAGAACACAAUUAAUCCCGUCUAAAUUUUUAUGAAUACAUCGACGCAAUUUAUCAACAAAUUGCGUUUUUGUAAAUACAGCUCUAAUAAUUUAUGCUAUACUUGAAUCAAUUAUCAAAAUUUAUUUCUUAGUCGCAUCUUUAACAAGUACCUAACAUUUCAUCACAUUAUUGGAAUGAAUUAUUUGAUUAUUUCAAUUAAUGUGACAUUCUUAUUAAAUUAGUAUUUAUAAAUUAAGAAAAUGUAUUUUAAUUAUAUGUGGUAAUAUGUACAAAAAAUUAAUGAAAGGUAAAAUAUAUUAAAAAAAUAGGUUUGGUAUGUUGAAUGUGAUUAUUUCAUCACAUAUUAAUUAUUAAUAUUAGACUUAUUAACGCGACAGUAUAUUUUAUUA